ACCACCAUUAAUCGUUAAUCGAGGCAUCGUCAAAGCGAUUCCACGAAAAGCACCAGGAACUCGCGACAAUGCUUAUUCCCAAGGCCGACCGCAAGGCGAUCCACGAGUACCUCUUCCGUGAGGGUGUGCUCGUCGCCAAGAAGGACUUCAACCUCCCCAAGCACGGUGAUAUUGACACCAAGAACCUCUAUGUCAUCAAGGCUUGCCAGUCCCUGACCUCUCGCGGCUACGUCAAGACCCGUUUCUCGUGGCAGUACUACUACUACACCCUCACCCCCGAGGGUCUCGACUACCUCCGCGAAUGGCUCCACGUUCCCGCUGAGAUUGUCCCUGCCACUCACAUCAAGCAGCAGCGUUCCCACGCUCCUCCUCGCGGCAUGUUGGGCGCUGAAGAGCGCGAGCGUCGCCCUGGUGGCCGCGGUGGUCCUCGUGGUGACCGUGACGGUGGCUACCGUCGCCGUGACCAGGAGGGUGGAAAGGAGGGCGGUGCCCCUGGCGAGUUCGCUCCCACUUUCCGUGGUGGAUUCGGCCGUGGCCGUGGCGCUCCUCCUUCUUAAAUUUAGGGGAACAUUAUGCGGCGGCCAUGUCGGUAUCUUCGAAUACUAGAUCCGGCUCAAAAGAAUAAAAAGACAUCAUGUUGAAAAAGGAAGGAAAUGGGGCUUACGGCCAUUACGCUUACAUAUUUAUGAUAUAGCUAGUUUCAAUGGCAAUGUUUGAUGACCCGUCCA